CUAGAAUCUAGAUCCCGCGUGACUCUUUUUGGACUCGCCUUCCCCUGCUCUCAGCUUGCGCCUUCCCAUCCCACGUCUCUUUUCCUGCUGCCGCCCCCAAGCGGUGCUCUCCUCGCGACCUCCCUUAUCGCGUACUCGCUCGCAUUUCUCGCGAACGUCGCCUAACCGUCGCAUCCAGACCCGGCGCGCCAAUGCCGCCCAAGGGCAAGGGCAAGGCCGGUGGGGGAGGCGGGGGCGACGACAAGGGGAAAGGCGGGAAGGGCGGGGGGAAGGGCGAGCUCGGUACAUGCACGUACGUUAAAGCGCGGCACAUACUGUGCGAGAAGCAGGGCAAGAUCAACGAGGCAUACAAGAAGCUGCAGGAGGGGUGGCUGGACGAGGGGGAUAAGGUGCCGCCCGCCAAGUUCGGCGAGAUAGCCCAGGAGUACUCCGAGUGUCCGUCCGCCAAGAAGGGCGGCGACCUGGGGUGGUUCCCCCGUGGCAAGAUGGCGGGGCCCUUCCAGGAUGUGGCUUUCGCCACGCCCAUCGGCGCCACGUCAGCGCCCUUCAAGUCAACGCACGGUUACCACGUAAUUCUGGUGGAAGGGCGGAAGAACUGAAUACCGGUCGGUACCGCUCUUCACUCCCAGAAAACAGAAGAAUAUGUUAGUGCAACAUUGGUAGCAGUAGGUAGGCCCGUCUCCUGGCAAGUUCUCUUUUGGAAAAAAACGUGUCUGAGCAAUCAGACACGUUCUGCGCACUUUGUCUGAUUCGCUUUUCAGGAUCAGAGAAUUUUGAAAAAGUUGUCUGAUUUUCCAGAGAAUUUGAGAAUCUUUGUCUGAACAUACAGAGAAAUUCUACUGCAUAGUCUGUUCUGUUAGUGUUUGACAAUAGAAGAUACAGUUAAGC